UUAAGCUUUAUCACUGAGCUCAAUCGCUUGUCCUUGCGCUGCUUUUGAUGUUGGCCCUCGUGACACACGAUCAUGACUCUCCUGGCAUAAGCUAUAGGUCGCAUAUAUCAAAAAUAUAUAAAGCUAUUGUCUGAGUGCGGCAAGAGUGUACAAUGUCCUUCAACUCAGACUUCGCGGACAUAAGAUAAGGUGAUGACGUGUUGACUGUAUUCUACCCAUCCAUAAAUCAUCAUGGGAUGCAGUCUUAGCACUGGGAAAGUAGCGGAUGAUGGGGACUUGGAGCCCGAAUAUGAACCGCUGAACGUCCCUUGGAUAGAAGAUGGGUAUCCUGCUCCAUGUCCGCCAGAAAGCAAGAAAUCAGAUAUAUUUCACAUUGAUGACUUCAAGGAAAUAGAUGCAAAGGCUGCCAAUUGUCCGGUCGUGCUUGCCCAAUCGUACGAUGCUUUAUUAGAAUACUUAACUGAAGACUGCAUCAACGAUAUUCAGAAGCUGAGAUCAGUGUUCACGUGGUUAGGGUCUCAGGACGUGUACAAGGGCGACUACACCAAGACGACCUCCUAUGACAGUCCUUUAGGGUACAUGAAGCUUAUGUACCAAAACAGAGGCAGUUAUGCAGCCCUCCUCGCGUUAUUGUGCAGGGCUGCUGGACUUCCAUGUGUUAUAGUUUACGGUGUGUCGAAAGGAUUUGACUAUGACGUAGGUGACCGCGAUAUCCACCAUCUGCGGAACUGCUGGAACUGUGUGUAUGUGGACGGCUCGUGGAGGAUCAUUCACCCUCUGUGGACUUUCAAAAAGGUGCAGGGCUUUGAUAAAGGCAGGUGGACCAAACACAAACAGAACUUCGUUGACAGUGACAAGGAAAAGAUGACAGAAGGUACAGAAGUCAGUGCAACGGACGAUUUUUACUUUCUGAUAGACCCUGAUGUAUUUAUUUACAUGUGCCGACCUUCAGCUGAUAUGACUCCAUGGCAACUGCUCAAAACGCCGUGGUCAUGGGAUGUCUUUGUCUGUGCACCCUACUUCCGUCAAAGAUACUUUCUUUAUGAACUUACACUGACCAGCAUGCACCGGUGUAUACUUCCGGCAAGGGAGGGAACUGUGGAAAUUGUUUUUUCAGCACCUGAACAUUCUCCCAUGAUCUUUGCAUGUGAACUCUUCUUUGACCAAAAAGCCUCAUUUGAGAGAAUACCAAAGGAAAUCAAGUUAGACAGACAUGUUCUUGUGAGCACGAAACAGGAUAAGAAGAUUUUCUUUGUAAGGAUUCCAGUAGCCGGGAUUUACAGAUUACGUAUAUACGGAGGUAUCACCCGCUUGUUCCAUUUGUGUGACUUCCGCCUGGACUGUGAUCGACCCCUCAAAAACUGUCGGCCCCUACCGCUGUUUUCCCCAAUAGGGUUCGGGUUUACCCAGAAAGCUCGAGAUGCAGGGUUGGAUUUCCCCUCGGAGUACAGUGGAGUCGUGAGGGUGGAAUCGGGAAAUGGUAGGAUCUUCAACUUCACCAUGAUCAGACAGAUGGAAAUUAUGACGACAAUCCUUCAUACAAAGUUUGCCUCCGAGUUCCUGAAGGAAUAUGUGACUUGCAAGAUGAAGGAGCUUACAGUGUCUGUGUACGUUUACAUCCCCGAGACCAAAACAGAGGAAGAGUACGUGCUCCAGAUCUUCACCAGGGAUGCUGGAACCGCUGACAAGUACAGGAAUGCCCUCAACUACCUCAUCAUCAUCGACAAGAAACAGAACCCGACGGGGAACCCAAUGGAAUGGAGAAACCGCCUCAACGUCCGAGAAAUUAACGGUCGGGAGCACAUCGCAGAUUUUGAGCACAUCAUUUCAAUAUGUGACACUCCCGAACCAGAGACAAUGGGGAACGGUAGUCUCGGCUCCUUUGGCGUCAGUGACAGGAGAGAAGUACUUGUUCUGGAGAGAGAUCUUAAAGCUGCACUUUUCCGACGCAACAUCGAGGCCCUGGACCGUGCGCUUACUGCCGCUCAUCAGUCUCGACACACGACUCAUCUCGACUAUCUGAUCAAGCAAGCGGAUGAGGUGCGCGAUCAACUGGGAAGACUCCGGAAGUAUCUUCACUACGUGCUUCAGAUCAAACAGCCAACCCUCUCAGAACUACACAACUACAAGCGACCCAUUGCGCCCAUCCAUGCGACAAUGAGAUCGACCUACAUACUUCUCGGAGAGAACGGGAGAGACCUGGAGUCCUGGGAGUUUGUUCAGAAUCUGAUGAGAAAGGUUGGCAAGGACAGCCUCAUCUACCGACUGAUGGAGUUUGACGUCAUGCAAGUAUCCAAACAGCAGAUUGAGGCAGUCCAGGCUCUCCUGGAUCAGUUUAGUGACCAUGCCGUCACACAGGCCAGCAUCGUCGCUGGUCACUUCUAUGUCUGGUGCCGAGAUAUUGUCAUAGAAUCCGAGAUCUCGACAACCAGGAACGCUUUCAAGCGGAAGGAGGAAAACUGAUGACGUCCACACAGAAUGUGAUGAUAUUCUUCCUCUGUGAAAUUUAUCGCAAGAGGCAGAUAUAUGUCUGUAUAUACCUAAACAGUCUAGACUUUAGACAGGCUGUUGCAAUGUGGAGCCUCGUCCAUGUUGUUAUUGAUGGAUGCGCAUAUAGUGAUGAGUGUUUUACGUCUAUUACGUCUAACACCACCAGUAUCUAUCUUACUUUACAUGUAAAAUACAAUAUUAUUUUAUUGGUCAAUGACGUUCCUAUGUACCUCGCUACAGUGAUGCACAACUGGAAAAAAAAUAUGGUAACAGACAUUUGUAGAUCUGUGUCCGAUCUUCGUAAUUUCGGAAAUUCAAGCUCCAAACAGCGAAAAGACAACGCGCAAUGGAUAUUUACAUUCACUUUUGAUGUACGUGAUGCACAGAGCCUAAACAUAAAACAUUGUCAACUGGUUAUGAGGCGACAAGCCGUUUGUUUUCAAAUUGUGCUAAAUGAUAAACACUGCGGUUAGAAAUUUAUUGUAGGCUUAUACGCCGGUACAAAGUUCUUGUGUACGCUCUGUCUGUCGACUGGGGUACGCGUCACACAGAGGGUACACGAAACGCUAUUCCCAACGUGAAAAGCCUACAACUACUGGUAUACAAUGCUCUGUAUGGUAUACCAGUACCUGGUGUGGACAAAACGAGGUGGGGGUAGUCAAUAUAACCUAUUCCUUGUAACCUCCUUGACCCUAGGGGCGGUCGGGUAGCCUGGUGGUUAAAGCGUUCGCUCGUCAAGCCGAAGACACGGGUUCAAUUCCCGACAUGGGUACAAUGUGUGAAGCCCAUUUCUGGUGUCCCCUGCCGUGAUAUUGCUGGAAUAUUGCUAAAAGCGGCGUAAAACCUCACUUACUCACUCACUCCUUGUCCCUAUGUCGCUGCCACCACUGCCAUGAUACCAGGGACACGUUUAAUGUAAGAUGACAUGGAAGUUUUAUUUAUCGAGUGUACAUUGUUUAUGACGUUCGCCAUAACGAUCGAUAAAAUGAAACCUUUAACAGGCAUAAACUAAAAAUAUUUAGCUCUUGGUUAUGUCUACUGUUAGUUAACCGCCAUUGUGCAAAUGGACUAUUUAUAUCAUAUGCUGAGUUGUAUAUUGUAUAAAAUAAUAAUGUAUAUAAGAAAAUAAACAAACAAAUAUUAGUUUAACCAUAGGUGAUAGAGUGAAAUAUUAGUACGACUGGUGUUACCAAACAAAGAGCCCAAGUGACAUUACAGGUAAAAUAGCCCUGGGUUCCGAGGAUGGAUGACGACAGGCGAUCUUUGGGUCGUCUCGAUGUAUUGACGUUUCUCUCUUUGAGUAUGCCGAGAAGCUGGAAAGUAGUGGAAUGUAUUGUGCCGUGAUAUAUGUAUGCAGUGUGCGCUAGGUGUUAUAAGGGUGACAGGCGUUGUGUGGUGACGUAUACCUGCAUGUACAUGUAUUAAACCGUUACACGACCGCAUACACAGCAGUGGUAGAGGUUACAAUUGUUAAACGUGAUGGUGAUUGUGAAGCGAAGAGGGCUGCUAGCAUUGUGUCGGAUUGCCAAUCUGACUGAGAAAUUAAUGUGAC